CGAUUCGUUUGACUACAAAGACAGAGAGAGGGCCAUGCCGCUUCAACUCUUCAUAUUUCUUUUUCCUCUUCGCAUCCACUUUUCACAGAACUGUUAAUCGUUUUCCUCUUGGGUUCCUUCUCCUUCAUCCCUUUCCUCCUCUAGAUCCAAAAUACUUAUAUGCGAUUCUAUGGGUUUUUUCUUUAUGUGUUUCAAGAAACAAUCUCACUUCUAAAAUAAAUUGAUUUCAAGAAAUUGGUGACAGUGGAGAAAGACGGCGAUUGGAAAGAAACGAACAAAUGUCUAGAAAUUGGCGACAGCCGAAGAAGACGAUGAUUUUGGAGAGCAAACGUUCUUGGCUGUUCUCCUUUUCUUUUCAUGCUUUCCAUUUUUUUUCUUCAGUAACUUCCCAUCUGAAGCGAACAUUUGAUAAAUUCUUUCGUUUGAUCUCAACAAAUCAAAACUUCGGCGUGGCUUUCACCCAAAUCGACACCUUUCACUGGCUCCUGCGCCGGCGAUGGCCACAGUGGACAGAUAGUUUCUUUUGCCAGUCUGAUUCCACCAUUCGUUGCCCACUUUCACAAUCUCGAGUCGGUGGUUUAAGCAGUUUCAAUAACCAGCAAGGCGGAGAUCCUGAGUUACUUGAAGGGAUUUGCUUUGUAGAGUGGAUAAGUGAAGAACCCCUUGCUACAAAAAGUUACAGUGGGGAUAUCAAGAAAUUGAAAAUACUUUCAUUUCUUAAUCCAGGAUAA